AUGUUUAUUCAGGUACCCGAUUCUGUGAACAAAUCCCUCAAAAGAGGCCAUGUUCCAAGAACACAGAUUCACUAUCCGAGAUAUUCCUUUCAAAAUCAAGUCGCUGUUAACGCUGUUUGGAUAGGCAGCGCUAACUCCGGCGUACACGAGUCACGAAACAUGUUAGUUGGUGGACACGAUCACUGCAAUUGUGGAGUAGAGCAAGUGAGACCCGCAAUUGGUCCCGGCUGGAUCCCGUGGAAUCCCGCGAUGGUACCCACCCACGAACAACACCGAAUGUGUCGAGAACUUUAUAGUAAUUUAGUUUGUCCACAAAGCGCAGUUACGAGGGAAAGCAUAGUUAACCAAAACAGGCAGAAUUUUUUUACCAUAAAAGAAGAAGUGUCAGCUGACAAAGAGGAUGAGUGUAGUGAAGAAGAUGAUAUCGAAAGCAUAGGAUCGCCGCGCUCAUUAGCUUCUUCAGGCUCCACCAGUAGUCGCGAUGAUACCUUGAUUAACCUCAGCUCAGAGUUGUUGAGCUCGUCAAGGGCACAAGCACCUGCUGCCAAGCCACGCUCCCAACAGGUAAACCCCUGGGGUAAGGCUUCAUACUCUGACCUGAUCACAAUGGCCAUAACAUCCACGGACGACAAUAUGAUGACUUUAUCAGACAUUUACACUUGGAUUGUCAAGAACGUGCCGUAUUUCAACGACAAAGGAACUUAUUUAUCAGUGCAGGGUUGGAAGGUAGGUCUAAGAAAGUUCGGUAUUAUGUAACACCACACUUGUUUUUCGCCUCACUGCUAACAGUUCUCCAAUCCUCUUAACACGGCAGUUGUUAAAUUUGCGUUUAUGUCUUCAAACAUGCACAAUUUAACAGUUAAAUAGCCUCAAGUUUAGAAAGUACAUAACCACUUUACAUUUUAUUAGGAUAUGAAAACCAAAAAAGAUCCGAAAAGCUCAUUACUUAAGUCACUCUUAUGUCUAACGAAAUUGUCACUGAGUUACUGCCCUUAAUAAAGCAAAUUUGAUUUUUUUCAUAUUAAGUCACCCUCCACUAAGCACAUUAGGAAUACCUUGUGCUUUCAUUUGUUGUAUUUAGAAUAUUUUAUUCAAUUGCUGCUAGUUUACGUAAAAAAGAAAUUUAAAGAAUUCUUCUAGAAUUUUAUUAUAAAAUGUUUUUAACGUCAGUUUUUUCAUUCUUUCAUGGGAGAGGUAACGCUAUUUUCUACAACACGUUGCUGGAAAACGAGCUAUAAUGAUAGUUUUCAAAAGGAAGGAAAACCAGGAUUUCGCCCUUGACUGUGAGAAAAAAAACGCAACCUUAGAAGAAUAAUUCAGAAUAUUUACUAAAAUUGGGAUCUUAGAGAACUUUGCAUAAAAUUAAGAUUGCACAAAACUAAUGUUUAGUUGUAAAAAAAGUAAAUGAAUAAAUAAAAAUAACCAGGUAAUUGUUUGGAUUUGGAUUUGGACCAAUAUGUCACCAUUGGUUUAAUUUACGCAGUCAAGAAACAAAGGAAUAUUUAUAUUUGAGUGAUUCGUGACCAAGAAACUGAGUACUGGGUUGACCAACGGAAUACUUAAAACAGACAUUUCCGAGGCUGUUUUCCGCUCUCGUCUCGGGUUUAAGUCUUCCUGUGUACGUUGCGAUAAUUUCAUCUUCAAUAAAAAAAAGCAAAACCGAUGUUUUAUGGCAUCUAUGAUUGCAACAGUAUCAGUUACUGCUAAAUUCGUCUUAAAGUAAAUCGGGGCAUUUUCUUAUUGUUGGGGUAAACGCCUGAAUUAACGAAAUUUUCUCGCUGGUUCCAAAUCAUCGUCGAUUGCUUUCCAUUGCCUGUAAUUUUUGUGAGAGGAAAGCCUCAAAGCUUCUAAAUCCUCCGAAAAUCCUUUGUCUCUUUGAAAUCUAGGAAGAGUGGAAUUUCUUUUUGAAAAGUCUAGGAGAAGCGAUGUGCAACACGGUAGAGCCGAGUGCUCUAGUAAACCAUUCGUAACAACAUCAACUAUUCACGUCACAUGACAACUGCAGUUUAAGAUGAUUCCGAAAUGAAUUACAGAAGUUAACAGAGGGUAUAGGAAUAUUUUCCUAUGUGCAACUGAAGCUAAAACGGCUAAACCGUUUUCGCUGAUACAUAUUUCUUUAUUAAUGAUGGAAGAUUUCUUCAUUGAAUCUGAUCAUUUCAAAAAUGAAGUCAAUGAAGUAAGGGAAAAAUAUAAACUUAGAACGCGGACUUCCUACGUUAAGGUCUCAUGACGCACCCCUGACAAUAUCGUAAGCACUCUCUUCUACAACGAAACGUUUUAAACUGAAACGCGCCAUAAAGUUUUGCCAACGGCAAGAAAUUUCCAGAACUUGUUCAUUCUUUAGAACCGUAUUGUUUCCUCUUGAUAAACACAUAAAUUAGCUGUAGAUUCACGUUCUUGUGCUGAGUCAGUUAAAGCUAGAGAUAGUAAACACAAUGAAACUCAUUACAACAGGAAGUAUAAGGUCAGGGCAUAUUUAACGACGAUAUCGAACUUAGCUCAAAUUUAGUACUACCUUAGCAAUGACAACGCAUUUUAUCUAUUUUUUUUCAACACGUGUGCGCGUCUUGUGAGGUCGUACUAAAAUAACCUCUAUUACAGAACUCUUAUAGUGAUCUAGUUUUAAUUUUGGCCCGCGCGUAGGGUGAAUUGAUUCUGUAGCCAGCCAAAGUAGUGGGAGUUUUAAAUAUACCUGACUAGAUUUAAGUUUAAUUAUCUUAAGGCAACAGUUCAAUGUAGAUUUAAGCUGUGCAUACUGAUCUCGCACUUUAGGUUACAUUUAAUCUAUCACAUUAUCAUCAACUUAACAUCAUCUCGAAUCAUGAUUAGGUGCAAACCACUCGAAGUUGGUCGAUUAUCUUAGAUGUCUACGUCAAAUGUUCUUUCCCCAACCUCCCACACUUGUUAUAAUUCAUCUUCUUCAAGUCCUUCAUAUUAUUCACCUAUUGUCAUGUGCUGUAAUGUAAUGUUUCGGAUGAGAGGGCAAACGUACGUGUACUAGUUAACAUUACAAAACCGAAUACUGAGCGAGCUAGGACAUAAACAUGCAAGAGCGCUGGCAACUGGCUUCCGCUAUCGGUCUAUUUAUUAGCUUGUAAACAGUAACCCACUCAACCCAUCAUGUGUGUCCUAUAAUAAUAAUCAACAUUAUAUCUUAUGAUAAAUCUAAAAAUCAUUUUCUCUCUCGACAGAACGCGGUACGUCACACUCUAUCGCUCAGAAAGCGUUUCGUUCGAGUCCCAGACCCCAAGCGACCAUAUAAGUCGAUGUGGACAAUUUCGGAUGAUUAUCAACGAAACCAUCUGAAAGACAAACAGAGGCACUUAAAGAUGAAAAGAAGAAGUGAGAAUGCACAAGGAAGUAGUCAAACAAUGGAUUUAGAUGAGGCAGCGUCUUGA